UUUAGUAUAACAAUCCAGUUUUAAUUGAUAAUGUGAAAUAGUAACUCUAUAUGUAACUCUAUAUGUAUCUUUCUAAUCCCUCUACAUAAUCAUCACUUACCUCUACUUUAUGGUGACUCUUUCCGUCUACCAGUGUGCCAAUUACGGGGUAAUUAAAAAACUUUAUGCUGUGUGCAGGGCCGUCGUAAUUUUUCAGUCGAUAUACGCGUGGAGUAUGGAGAUGAAGUAGACCCAUAUGGCCCUAUACUCCACCUAAGACUAAGCCUUAUAAGUGAAAAAUAUGUUUGGUUCGAUUACGUUCAAGUGGGUAACACAAUUGGUGGUGCUUGUGUCUCAUAUAGUUGGACUUUUCAUCUUUUUAAGAGGAUUUUUCCCCUCCAAAGUGGUUUUGCCGGGCUUUAAUGGAUUUUAUGAAUCAAGAUCUCCCUUUGGUAUCAAUGACAAACCUCAAUUUGAUAAAGUAAUAUUUAUGGUGGUUGAUGCUAUGAGAUCAGACUUUUGUUUUUCCAAUACUUAUUCCCAUAUGACAUUUCUUCAUCAAUUAAUUAAUGAUGGUUCGGCUAUACCGUAUACUGCCUUUUCCAAUCCUCCUACAGUGACAUUACCUAGAUUAAAGGGAAUUACUACAGGAGGAACUCCUAAUUUCUUGGAUGCUAUAUUGAAUGUAGCAGAUGAUAAAGAUACUUCACAAGGUUUAAACAGCCAAGACUCAUGGGUAUUCCAAUUUAAAAAUUUGAAUAAAACCGUCAACUUCUUUGGAGAUGAUACUUGGUUAAAAUUAUUCCCUGGUCUGUUCAAUGAGUUUGAAGGUACUAAUUCAUUCUUUGUUAGUGAUUUCACUGAAGUUGACAAUAAUGUAACUAGACAUUUAGAUACUCAAUUAGAUCCUAAUAGUGCUCAAUGGGAUGCAUUAAUUUUACAUUACUUAGGGUUAGAUCAUAUAGGCCACAAAGGUGGACCAGACUCUGUAUUCAUGAAACCUAAACUUGAAGAAAUGGAUUCAAUCUUAGCCCGAAUCUAUGAUUAUACAUUGAUUCGUAAAAGCGAAUUCAAAGAGGAUAUCUUAAUUGUAUUCAUGGGAGAUCACGGUAUGAAUGAUAUUGGUAAUCAUGGAGCUUCAUCUCCUGGAGAAACUAGUGCUGCUUUGACGUUCAUCUCUCCGAAAUUCUCCACAAAUUUAAACUUGAACUUGUCAUCUCCAUUAGAUCAUGAUCUGGACUAUACUUACUACCACCGAAUUAAUCAGAUAGAUUUGGUACCUACGUUAGCAGGACUUUUGAACUUCCCUAUUCCCAAAAAUAACUUGGGUAUAAUGGUUCCUGAAUUGUUAAAAUUAUGGUCCAAUGAGAAGCAACAGAAGGCCAUCUUAUGGGAAAAUUGUCAACAAUUAAUGGAAUUAUUUAAGGCAAAGUAUGGUGACAAUGAUAGCGACUAUGCAUCGGUAUGGAAUAGUUGGAAUUCAUUACAAACUACUGUAUCAUCACUUGAUUCAUACUAUGACUUGUUAUAUGAAGUCCAACAGAUAUUGGCAUCUUCAGCCACUAAUUAUGACUAUAAUGAUAUAUUUAUGGGCUUUGGAAUCAUCCUUGUAUCCACAUCAGCAGCUCUUGUUACUUUCAACCAGUAUUUUUUGAGUAAUAAGAAUAUCCCCAAAUCUUUGGUGGUCUAUUUUGAAAUAUUUGCAGCAAUCUAUGCCUUACACUUUCAUGGAUCUUCAUUGAUUGAAGAAGAACAUCAAAUCUGGUUCUUCUUUACUAUCGUAUCAUCCGUAUUUAUGCUUGGAGUGUCAUUUAAAUCAUUCAACAAAUUAUCUCUCUUGUAUUGGGGGAUUAUAUUCUUAGGUAUCAGACUUCUUAAGGCUUGGAAUAAUAGUGGACAAAAGUAUUCUUAUAAGAAUACUAUUGGAGCAUACUUAUUAAAUCAGGAUACAGAUAUAUUAUGGUUAUUAAUAAUUGCUACAUACAUUAUUUAUUCUGUAUGUCUAUUCAUUCAAGGAGGAUUUUCAAGAAGUUUUGAAUUCCUUAAUCCUAACCCUAAUCAAACUUCUUCUAUGGAUGUUAGACAGGCGGGAAGUCUUAUUUCAUUCAUUGCUAUUUUUGUUACCAGUUCAGUGGGUCUUCUGUUUAAAUUAUGUCAAUUCUAUAACGAUGGAUAUGGACUUCCUAAAUGGUUAAAGUGGGUAUUCUUCUGGAUCCUUGAAAAUUAUAAUGUAUCCCAUAAAUCAAUUGAUAGUGCUGAUUUCAAAUUUGCUCUUCAAUCUAUUAAUACUCAAUUAUCUAGAUUAAGUGGUUAUUGUAUUUUGGGAUUAUUGGCUAUUAGAGUUUCUUUGGGUAAAGUGAAAAAGUUUAACAUUGGAAUUAUUACUGAUAUACUGAAUAUUGUUACGUUAUAUCUAAUUCAACAAACUAAAUUUGAAAAUAUCCCUAUAUUCAUUGUAUUACUUGGUAUUAAGUAUGGGUUUGGACAAUUAAUUAUUCAGAGUCAAUCUAAGGGUACCAAUAUUGAUCAACAUAUCUUAUUAACUACAAUUUUCACUAUAUGUAUUCAAAAUUUAACCUUCUUUUCUAUGGGUAAUACCAAUCUGUUGGCAACAGUCGAUUUAUCAAAUGCUUAUAAUGGUAUACUUGAAUAUGAUGUUAUCCCUGUUGGAGUAUUAACAUUCAUAUCGAAUUUUGUAGGACCCAUUUACUGGUCAUUGGCAUCUUUACAAUUAAUCUUUGAAACUUCCAAGGUAAGAUUCGAACAAUAUGGUGAUAGUAAAGAUCUUAUCAACUUUAAGUUCUUAAAAACUUCGAUUUUAUUAAUUAAAACUACUAUAAGUACGUUGUUUUAUGCAUUGGCUGCAACCAAUUUAUUGGGAUCUUGUAUAAAUUUACGAUUUCACUUAUUCAUAUGGACGGUAUUUUCUCCUAAAUUAUUAUACUUUGCCAGUUGGUCGGUGUUAGUCAACUUUCUAGUUGAUCUAAUCUCCGCUCUGGUUAUUCUAUUUGUAUUCUACUAAAAAGUUCCUUUAAUAAAAAUGCUUCACUUCAUUAAUGCUAGAUAAUGCCUCAUUAUAAAUAUAAAUUAUAAUAUGUACAUAAUUAAUUAAUACUAAUAUACAUACCCACCCAA